CCACAAUCAGCAUGAACAGCAAGCCAGAAGUGGCCUUCUCGCUGACCUCCAAAUUUUAUCAGUGCGACCAGCAGGUCAUCAUGGUGGGAAACCAAGAUAGUGUCACGUUACGAGAUAUCAAGGUUCAAGCGUUUGGCCUUACUGAUGGAGACUUCAGCAGCAACAAGUUGGACUGUCACGAAAGUGUACCUAAGACUGCCCCUACCCAGAAUUACACAGUGGUCAGCGGGAACACAACCUGCAUCUCCAUGUCCGCUGCUCUCACAUUGGAGAUCAAAUACACUUUGAAAAACAACACGAACGAAACUGUGAUGGUGAAUUUUCAGAAAGAGGAGCCAGCUUCUGGUAGCUGCAGUUCUCCAGGAAAUCUCAAGGAAGAGAUCAUCAUUAAGUACAAGCAGAAUGAUUUCCAGAUCUUGUUAGAAUUUGGGCGUGAUGGAAAGGCAACGACUGGUUUGGGUGCCGAAACAUUUAAUUACUACAUAGAAAAUAUCCAGAUCACGUACAACCUAGGCUCUGAGCUGUUCCCAGGUGCCAACGACACAACAGUGAAAACAGCAAAGGCGCUUAAUCAGACUCUCUACAAGACAGGCUCAGACAAGUACUACAAAUGCUCUGCUGAGGAUACCUUCAAAGUCAACGACUGGGUGAGCCUGAAGACUAAGGACUUGCGUUUUGUCGCCUUCCACACUGACACCAAGGAACCCAACCUCUUUGGAGAUAAUGCCAAUGAGUGUACUGCUGACACAGUGACAAAUAGCAUCGUCCCCAUCGCGGUCGGAGCAGCUCUCGCAGGACUGGUUGUCAUCGUCCUUAUUGCUUACUUGAUCGGUCGCCGUAGAAACCACAAGGGCUAUGAGUCGGUGUAAAACGGGGAAAGAUCUCAUGGUGUCAUGGCAGAAACUUGUCGUUACAAAGGCAAAAGUACUUAAUAUCCAAGUGUGGUUAGGCGUACAUUCUGUCUUAGCAUAAUUAAGAACGGGAUAAUCAUUUGGUAUUUAAAAGUUACUGUAGUAUCUUCCAAUGGAGACAACUGUAGAAUGACAGUAAGUGUUUUAAUGUUGCAGCGUUAUAUCUCAGUUUCCAGGCCUUUGUUUUGUUUUCUUUUUUUUUUUGUGUGCGAUUAACGAAUAGCUGUUGGUCGCUUUGCCCUGAGAUUCCUUAUAUUUUUUUGUUUUCAGAUUGUUGUGGUCAUUUUCCGAUAGGUCGAUAAGUUAUAAAUGUUUUCACAUUUGUGAAUGCCCAUGGCAAAUCACCUGUGUCGUGGACACAGUUUUGUAGUUUAACACCCUGAUGGUAUUUAGCACUGCAAGCAGCAGCUUUUGCCUCUCCAGUGAACUUUUUUUCUACACCUCUCUUGCCAUGACACCAUGAAGACAGGAAUUGGAGUUACGAAAGAUGUUUUGGUUUCCCACAGCAACCUGUGAUAGAUAAAUGGGGAGAGCUUAUUCAAUGCUUGAACAUGAGGCAGAGUUUGUCCAGUUGCAGUCCUCUCUCUCUCUCUGUAGGAGGACCAUAGACACCCUCAUCUGGAUAGAUUUGGCACCAGCACCUCGACCACACACAAGAUUCUCUCGUAUAUUCCUAUUGAAAGACUACAAAAGGUACACAGUGUUCAAGUUGACAGCUGUGGCUAGGUUGGCUUAAAUACAGGUUAAAAUAUCAUAACGAAAAUUGAGAUAGUUUAUGUGUUUGGAAAUAUCAACCUGUAGUUUUGGUCUGUUUCUUGCGUAGGUAUGUGUGAAAUGAAAGAUGUGUGAUUGGAUUUUGUUGUCUUAAUGAUUUUUUUUUUCAAAUGGUUUAUAUGUUGAUAUAUUUUCGUGCAGAAUGGUGGUGGUAAAUGUACGUUUGUAUUGUGCUGGUUGAGUAAGAUACGCAUUUCUGGGACACAGUUUUGUUGAAAUGUUGAACAGGUUGAGAGUAUUAAGUACUCCAAACUUGCUUUUGAAGAAGGGAGAAGACAGCGGUUUGUUUAGUUUUGAGAAAGUCCUAAGAAUAAGAGAUGGAUAAGCAGCAUUUCAUGCUGUGAUGUUUAGUCUGUCCCUGUCGUGUGUUGGUGCAUGGUAAAAUUUAAGAGAGAUGUGAGUCAUUGAAAUUAUUAUUUUUUUCUUUGUUUUGAUUUUAAUUAAGUUUGUAAAUUUAGAUUUGGAGUUCUGAUAGUUGAAAUAAAUAAUUCAUUUCUAAAAAUUCAUGUGUGAUGAAAUAAAUGUGAAACCCAGGAGGCUGUGGGCUUCACUCUUCCUAGUAAUUGUUUAAACAGACUUACAUAAUGCUGCCUUUUUCUUCCAGCAUUUUCUGUACAUCUUCAAGAGGAAGACAAAGAAAUCCUCUCUUAGAACAGCACACAAAUACAUGACAAUUUAUUGAAAACUUUUGUGUAAAACUACUACGCAGAAAGGUUGUGUCGAUAUUUGUGUCUCAUCUUGAGUUUCAUUAAUAUUUAUAUAUUAUGUGUUUUAUUCGUCUUUGUGUUUGGUAUGUGGCACCUAGUGUAAUUAUCUGGAAAGUUGAUUGUCUUUUUACAGUGAUUUGAAGCUGGGUUAAAUGUUUGGUAGCUGAUUAUGUCAUGGCUUAAAAAAACUGUGAGAAAACAGGAGGUUGUUAACUGGGCGCCAGUUACUUCCCUUGACCCCAAACCCAUCUCCCUAUAAAGACAGUCUAAUAUACUUGGUGUGUUAUAAUUCUAUGUCCUGAUGGAAAGAAAUCUUUUAGGUAUCUAUCAUUCAUCAACCUCGAAGCCUUGCUAUCAUAUCAUAGUAGACGAAUCAAAUCAGUUCUGAAAUAUGUGUGAAUAACAUUUUGUAUAAUCUACAGUUUUCUGGUGUUCUGGGGUUUUGAUUUGUUUCUCCCCUUUUUUGGCUUUUUCUUUUGGUUAUUACACACGGGUUCAUGUUACAACUUGCCAUGUUAAAGGUGAUUUUUUUUUUUCGCCAUGAAAUCUUGUAAUAACUGUUUGUUUGCUAUUAUUGAUUCAAAACUGAGAAAUAAUCCCCACAACAUACAGGAACAUAGACAUGGUGGAUAUCUGUGGCUCAAAUCAAGCUGUUUGUUAUCCACUACAGGAAGUUGUCCGUGGCAGUCACAGGCACUGAUGUCAGAGUUACCUGCUCUUCCGUUUUACUGCUGAUAAAGCCUACCUUACCUUUCAGUGGCAUUUCCAUGUAUAACCGGAAAACAUGACCAAUAACAUGGAUUACACUCUUACUUUAUAGUUAAAAAGCAGUUUAAGGACCAGUAAAGAAACGCCAACGAACAAAGGUGUAAUCGACUUUGUGAAUCCACUUUGGGAAAGGAAGGGGAGGAUACUCUGAUGAUGACUGGAUGCUGAACACAGCUAUGUUUUGGUUCAGUGACGUGACCUGUUCUGAUCAAGCACUUAAUCUGUUCAAAAUUUGACGAUGUAAAUACUUAAUGGUUGCUUUUCCCUCUUCAUUGUUCGGAGUCCUUCACAUUUAAAUCCAUUCGCUGACCAGUAACUAUAGAAGGCUCGAGUAUGGCGCAGAACACUCAAUCAUUCGCAUAUGGAAAGCGCGUGAUGCUCGACUACUAAGCUGCACCGGUUAUGAAGCCGUGGAUGAUGACGUCACUAGUCUACUGUCUUGGCAGAGGCUGAACCACUUUGCCAUCAGAUUUAUCUAUCAAUAUAUAUAUAAACACACAUGUACAUGUAUAAAUGCUUGGUUGUCGGACUGGUAGAGCAGAAUACGAUGUUCCCAGCUAAAGCUUCUCCCUCGUUUACCGCUAGAUAUACUCAAAACUCCAACUUAAUGUAAAUAGUAUAGAUACAUGAAAAUCGGAUGACGGCAUUGGCCAUGCGCCGACGAAAAGUGUUUCUAUUUGAUAUUUUUGUAUUAGCUUCUCUAGUUAGGUAAACUUAUCUUUGCCAGUAUAAGUAAUAAAGCAUUCAGUUUUUCCGGCAGCAUUUCUAUCUGGCCACCAUAUAUCGACCACGAUAAACCAUUAGCUACUCAGUCAAAAAAAAAAAAAAAGAAAGGAAUUUCACUCCUUCAUUACAUGGUAUACUGGCAUGAAAUAAUAGUCUACCACUGGUACGUGUAGUGGGGUUUUGUUUUGUAUUGAUUGGAAAUGACAUCUUCAGCACACUGUAGUGUGUUCACAAAAGUACAGAUGUCUUUUGUAACCCACAUGCUGUUAAAGAUCAUGUUGAGGUCAUAGCGUGUGGAGAAUUCCAUUUAAGUGGAUAAGACAUAUUUUGAGCAGAUUAUUUGAAAUUUGUGCUAAAAUGACCUGAUUCUAAAGGGGGGAAAAAGAUUGUUGUUAAUUAUGUAAUCAUGUAUAGUUAUCGUAGCUUUAUUGAUGAAUAGUGCUAUCACUCCCUUUCGGUUAACCGACUCUGUAUAUAUUGCCCAAAUUUAAAUAAACAUUGGUUUCAGA